UCUCGCUGAAUGGUCGCGUUUGGGAAUUUAUCCCCUUAUGCCUGCGUUCUCAGUCAUUUGCAGUGGCAACGGUCUCUUGAAUCAUUGCAGUUGAAUUUUGUCCAAUUCGUGUUGGGCAUAAUUUAAAAGGCAUCGUUACGUUUGGAUUCUCGUGAAAUUUUUUGAGGCCAAAUAUUAUGUGUACUUUGUUUGAAGUCAGUCUACGUUCCUAGUUUUAUUUCUUUGUAUUGUUUACUGUGUAUACUUUGGCAAUUUCUGGGUCGUGUUCAACUGAUACUUUGUCCUAUUUCUAAUGCGUGGGGCUCAUUGACAGCACGUGGUACCUGAUUAAACUCUACAUGCCUUCAUCUUAAUUACUUCCCAAUUGAAAAGUCAUCAAAUCGAGAUAUAAGGUGGUCUUUUUGGAAAAAAAUGGAUACUAUUGUUACUUAUGAUUCUUCAUCCUCUGAUGAUGAUAUUCAUAAACCAGAUCCUCCCCCAGCUGAGCUUUUGAAAAGCAGCUUAAUUAAAUCAGUUGAUGUUGCUCCAGUUGUGGAACAUAAGGAUGAAUUUUUAUCAAUUAUACCUGUUGAUCCUCAUACCCGUGAACUUGUUCAUAAUCCUACAUAUGAAGAGUUAUUUGCACCAUCCUUCGGCCCAGUUAACCCUUUCAAAUCUGAGAAGCAGUUAGCACCCAAGAAUACCUUGACGGGCUGUGUUGAAGAAGCUCAUGUCAAUAUGUUUGCUUUCGAAAAUCAGCACCGAACAUUUAUGACAUAUGGUUAUGCUGAGGAUCCAUCUGUUGAAGGAGGUGCUGAGCGACGUUUGGUUGGCGAAACAGAAAAAAUGUCCGAGAAUGAUGGCAAGACAAUAUGUGAAAAACGCGAAAAACGUAAAGGUGAUAUACGUAAACGUGACAGUAAUUGGGAUCCAACAAGUGAAGACUAUACAGGACCGUGGGCCAAGUAUAAAGAUGAAGUUACUGUUUCAGUGCCAUCUGAAGAAGAUCGUGUUUACUUAGAAGCUUAUUUAGCUAAAAAAGCUAGUAAACGACGGGUUGUCGAAGAGGCGCCUGUCGAAGAAAAGUCUACACUACACAUAUCGACUCCAUUCGAUUAUCAGGGACGAAACUUUUUGCAUGCGCCACAUGAUAUUCCUAAUGUCAAUCUUCGAGCAACUGAUCCCCCAGAAAGAUGCUUUUUACCUAAGAAACAAAUUCAUGCAUGGGUCAAUGCACAUGCUCGUGGAGUUGCUGCUGUUCGACUAUUUCCUCAGACAGGUCAUUUGAUGUUGUCUGCUGGGAUGGAUACAAAGAUAAAGCUGUGGGAGUUGUACAAAGAACGCAGACUUAUUCGAAGUUAUAUGGGUCAUCGUCAAGCUGUACGUGAUGUAUGCUUUAAUAACAAUGGUACAUCUUUUUUGAGUGCAUCAUAUGAUCGUUAUGUUAAAUUAUGGGAUACAGAAGUUGGCAAGUGUACAAAUCAAUUCAAUUUGAAACGUGUUGCUUAUUGUGUUCGCUUUAAUCCAGAUGAUGAUAAACAACAUCUCUUCUUAGCUGGGUGUUCAGAUAAAAAAAUAUUAUGUUACGAUACACGUAGCGGUGAAGUUGUUCAACAAUAUGAUCGUCAUUUAGGAGCUGUGAAUGCAGUUGCAUUUGUGGAUAAUAAUCGUAGAUUUGUAUCCACAUCAGAUGAUAAAUCUCUACGUGUUUGGGAAUGGGAUAUACCCGUAGACUUUAAGUAUCUUGCUGAUCCAUCUUUACAUUCAAUGCCAGCUGUCACUGUAUCACCAAACGGAAAAUAUUUGAUAUGCCAGUCGCUUGAUAAUCAAUUAGUUGUUUUCAAUAUAUUUGCUGGUUUCAAACGUAUGCGAAAGAAAAUAUUUCGUGGUCAUAUGGUGUCAGGUUAUGCAUGUACAAUGGAUAUGUCACCAGAUAUGCGUUAUGUGAUCUCUGGUGAUGGUGAUGGAUAUCUGUGCUUGUGGGAAUGGAAGACAACAAGACUUUUAACAAAAUGGAAAGCACACGAAGGUGUAUGUAUCAAUUGUGCUUGGUUGCCGCAUGAAACAUCGAAAGUGAUUACCGCUGGUUGGGAUGGAGAUAUUCGUCUUUGGGAUUGAUGGAAUGUAUUUAACACAGAAUGUAUUCGUUUUUCUACAGUUUAUAUAAAGUUAUAUGAUGUACAUAUUUUCCAGUAAUAAAUCUCUUAAUCUAUGCUCA